AUGGUCACAGAAACAGACAUAUUUACGUGGACUCCCCUUCAUUAUGCUGCACAAUUGGGACAUCUUGAAGCGACUAGGAAAUUGCUGGAAUGUGAUAAAUCAGUUGCUUACUUGUGGGAUAAAGAAGAUAGUUCUGCUCUUCACAUAGCAGCUAAAAAAGGCUACCCUGAUAUGAUGGCAGAGAUCAUCAAACGCUGUCCAUGUUCUAAUAAUUUGGUUGACAAUAAAGGUCGGACCAUUCUUCACGUUGCAGCCCAAUGUGGGAAGUCUAUAGUGAUGAAGUAUACUCUAAAAGAACCAAGAUGGGAAAGCCUAAUAAAUGAGUCAGAUAAUCAAGGCAACACGGCUUUGCAUCUAGCUGCUAUGCACGGACAGUACAACAGCGUCCGGAUUUUGGCUGGAGAUCGUAGAGUGGAUAAGAAGGCAUCAAACAAGAAAUAUUGGAAGGCUAUCGACAUUGUCCAAUCAAAUAUGGAUCUGGGAGAAAUGAAAAAGUCUUUGAUCAUGAGGAAGUUGGAGAAUGGCGGUGCUCAACAAAGUCUCGAGCGGCUGAUCGUUAGCGAGAACACAGGCAGAACAAUCAAUGACAAUGAAGGCAUAAAUGAGUUAGAGCUUAGAGAGGACAGAGAGAGAACAUCACUUCAUGCAAGUGAAUCGCUUCGUGACAGGAAUAAUGAAGUUGUAAAGAAGAAACAGAUCACAUCUAAGUAUUUGAAGGAUGUAUCAAACUCCCAUCUACUGGUGGCAACCCUCAUAGCAACAGUAACUUUUGCAGCUGGUUUCUCUCUACCUGGUGGGUACAAUGAAGAAAACCCAAACAAGGGUAAGUCAGUUUUAUCAACAAAGGCAGCUUUCAAAGUCUUUGUGAUAACAGAUGCUAUGGCUUUCUAUUGCUCAACUGCAGCUGUGUUUCUCCACUUUUUUGCUUCACUGGAACAAAACUAUCAUUUGCUUCCACGUUUCACAAAAUUUUCCGCCCUACUCACUUACAUCUCUCUACUGGGAAUGGUGAUAGCAUUUACUUCAGGCAUUUAUGUGAUGCUACCUGAUUCCUCCCCGACUCCAACAACUUCAAUUAAUUUUAUGGCUGAAGCUGCUGCACCAGCACAGGCCCAAACUGGUGGAUCUACUGACCCAGGCUAUAAUUCUUAUGCAGCUCAUGGUUCGAUGUAUGCAUCUCCUGCAUCCAACCCAGCACAUGCAAGCCACACUGGAGGCUAUGGCCCGGUGAAUGGAGCAAACUACGGUUAUUAA